AAAAAGAAAAUUUAAAAGGGGGAAAAUUUUACUCGCGUUCCCCUCUUCCCUUCCCAUUCCGUUCCCUCAGGCGCAGUCAUGGCGUCCUCUUCGUCGGGCAGCGGGCUCACCUUCAAGCUCCACCCGCUUGUGAUCGUCAACAUCUCUGAUCACCACACCCGCGUCAGGGCCCAGAUCCAGCACUCCGCCUCCGCCGCCCCCCUCGCGGAAGGCGGAGGCGGCCGCGUCUUCGGCUGCGUCAUCGGCGUCCAACGCGGUCGCACCGUCGAGAUCUUCAACAGCUUCGAGCUCCUCUACGACCCCCUCACCCACUCCCUCGACCGCUCCUUCCUUGAGAAGAAGCAAGAGCUCUACAAGAAGGUAUUUCCGAACUUCUAUAUAUUGGGGUGGUAUUCGACGGGCAGUGAAGCACAGGAAUCAGAUUUACAAAUUCAUAAAGCUUUGAUGGAUAUCAAUGAGAGUCCGGUUUAUGUUCUUCUAAAUCCUUUGAUAAACCAUGCACAGAAGGAUCUUCCUGUGACCAUAUAUGAAAGUGAGUUGCACAUAAUUGAUGGAAUCCCACAGCUCAUUUUUGUCAGAUCAAAUUAUACAAUUGAGACUGUAGAGGCAGAGAGAAUUUCAGUUGAUCAUGUCGCACAUCUUAAACCAUCCGAUGGUGGUUCUGCUGCAACUCAAUUGGCUGCCCAUCUUACUGGCAUACAUAGCGCGAUCAAAAUGCUGAAUAGUAGGAUCAGAGUUGUUCAUCAAUAUCUUGUUGCUAUGCAAAAAGGUGAUAUCCCUUUAGAUAACUCAUUUCUCAGACAAGUCUCGAGCCUUCUGAGAAGAUUGCCAGCCAUGGAAUCGGAGAAGUUUCAGGAUGACUUUCUUAUGGAAUACAAUGACACACUUCUUGUUGCUUACCUCGCCAUGUUGACCAAUUGUUCAAGCACCUUGAACGAGUUGGUCGACAAAUUCAACACCACCUACGACAGAAACAGUAGAAGAGGAGGCCGGACUGCCUUUAUCUAGUUUUACCUGUGGUUUUUAGCUCGCCAUAUGUGCCAUGGCAUCUAAAUCAUCACUAGUUCCGUGUAGAGUUGGCAUUUUGUUAAACGGAAACAUGUUUCCAGAAAAAACGUUUCUGAAUUCUGGGAACUUGUAUCAAACCCUUCUUUCUUGUUUUGGACUCAUUUACUGCUUGGGGAAUUCUUGCUACUAUCUCUGUUAUUCAUUUAUUUAUUUAGAUGCUGUUAACUAUGGUAAAAUUUGGUUCUAA